UACCAAUAGCUUUGCUACCAUCUUUUCAGCAAUUUUUCGGUUUUGGUUUUUUGAACUUCUUUCUGUUCAAGGAUGAGUGAGAAGGGUGAAGCAGCGAAAGAAAGCCGUCCGGCUCCACGCUUAAACGAAAGGAUUUUGUCAUCUUUGUCACGCAGAUCAGUUGCUGCACACCCUUGGCAUGAUCUUGAAAUUGGCCCUUCAGCCCCAAAAAUAGUCAACUGUGUAGUGGAAAUCCCAAAAGGAAGCAAAGUCAAAUAUGAACUUGACAAAAAAACUGGAUUAAUUAAGGUUGAUCGAGUUUUAUAUUCAUCAGUUGUGUAUCCUCAUAACUACGGUUUCAUUCCUCGUACUCUGUGUGAAGACAAUGAUCCUCUUGAUGUCUUGGUCCUCAUGCAGGAGCCAGUUCUUCCUGGUUGUUUUUUGAGAGCUAAGGCCAUUGGAUUAAUGCCCAUGAUUGAUCAGGGAGAGAAGGAUGAUAAAAUCAUUGCUGUAUGUGCUGAUGAUCCGGAGUAUAAGCACUACACCGACAUCAAAGAACUUCCGCCUCAUCGCCUCUCUGAGAUCCGUCGCUUCUUCGAAGACUACAAGAAGAAUGAGAACAAGGAGGUGGCAGUUAAUGAGUUUUUGCCGGCAUCCGCAGCAGUUGAAGCCAUCCAGUACUCAAUGGAUCUCUAUGCUGAGUACAUUAUGCAGACCUUGAGGAGAUAGACAAAGAAUACUAUAUUCUCCAUGAAAUACAAUAAGCUCUGAAUUCAGGACAGUUUUGGAAUAUGAUGAAAUUUUACAUAUAUUUGUACUUUAUACUCAUUUAUUUGGAUGAUAUUCCAAGCUAACACUGCUCAAUUAUGUAAUGCUUCAUAUUCAAUCUUAGUUGAUUGAAUUGUUUUCUUACUUAAA